AUGGAAAGCCCCAUUCAGCAAAUCGAUCCCGAUGGAGAUACACUGUUAAUUCUUCCGGACCUGUGGCCCGACCAUUUGCAACAGCAUCGCUUGCUGAGCUCCCCUGUCGACGAACUGACCAUGGUCUAUCCCUCCAGCAAGUCAACAAACAUUAAGUCGAGGCGGCCCAACACCCGAUCUGCCAAACCCAAACAAGCCCGGUCCAAAACACCUGGAGGCUUACUAAAAUCCCCCAAGAUGCGGAUGAGACUCUCAUCCAAGCAUCUCAUGAUGGCGUCUGCGUACUUCAAAAAAAUGAUGACCAACGGAUGGAUAGAGACAAACGCAACGUCCGAGUACGCUUACGUUGUGGCUGCCACGGACUGGGACCCGGAAGCCUUGCUGAUCUUGAUGCGAAUCAUCCAUGGCCAGACAAAGGAGGUGCCUCGAACCAUCAGUCUCGAGCUUCUGGCCAAGAUUGCUGUUCUCGUCGACUACUACGACUCUGAAUCUGCCAUUGCCUGGGGCUAUUGUCGAUGGACUUGA